AUGUUUCAGUUUGCUAAGUUUGAAAAGUCCAAAGAGCGUAGACUAGCCACGGAGCUUGGAUACGGUUUCCCGAUCGGAGAUCCAUGGAUCACAUACGGUAUCUCCCCAUGGACUUUCGCCUCUGAAAGCGUCCUUCCUUCUCAAUGCCUGGGGAUCCAUCCAAUGCAUUCUUUUCGAUCUUGUACCCACGGAGCGCUUGAUUAUCCCACUCAUUCUUCUGGUUUUCAUGAUUCUAUUUGUUUCCAAGUAAUGCAUAUCCCUAUGGUCUCCCCUAAGAUUCCUAAAGGAAAAUGGAUCAAAUGGGCUCCUCCUCCUUUUGGUAUUUUGAAGUUGAACAUAGAUGGAUCUUCAAGGAAUGGCAUGGCAGCAGGUGGUGGCAUUAUUAGGGACUAUAAGGGCUCCGCUUUGGUUGCUUUUUCUACCUUUUAUGGCCUAGGUACCAAGACAUUUGUAGAAGCCAGAGCUCCCCUUUUUGGUCUGAUGCUUUGUUACAGAUUAGGCUACUCCAAAGUAGCAGUGGAGAGUGAGAAAAAAUCAUUUUUGAUAGCAUCUGUGGAGGUGCAGUCCCUUGGACAGUCCCUUAUAUGA